AUGAUGCGGCAUGACUCCACCUCACGAGGAAUUCCAAGGAGAGAGAAAAAGCGUACUCUGGACAUGUAUGCGACGAUAGCUAAACAACGUCAUUUAUUAACGUUUACUGAUAACACACAAAGAUGGCCGAAGCCCGUCGUCGCUGAAGCCACCGCUGACCAUCUGCCACCGUCAAUAGCAACGAUGCUUUUUACCGUCUUUCUACUUAUAGUUGGGUCUGCUACCUCUCUCGCAUUCCAAACUCCGCUUAUUUGGAGGGAAUCAACAAAGAUUGAAAAAAUGAGGAACGGAGGAUACGCAAAGAUGGCGGCCAGUCCAGAAAAAUCCACUGCAGCUCUUAAUCGUAAGAGCAACAUACUGUACAGAAUCGAUGAAUCCGUAUAUGGACAAAACAUAACGAUAGGAAAACCAGGACAACCAUUUUUUGUUUACCUUUCUACGUUAUCGUCUAUGUUAUGGGUGCCAAGUAGCGACUGCAUUUCAGUAUUGUGCAAAGACAAGCGCAAGUUUUUGCCGGAUAAGUCUGAAACAUUCACUUCUGUCAAGGAACAUUGGGAGGCUCCAGGUUAUGGUGGAGGCGCAACAGGAGGAGUUCUUGGUACGGAUGAGCUGCGCCUGGGAGGAGAAAAUGAGGAUCAGCUUGUUAUUAAAAAGGCUUCGUUUGGUCUUGCAUCACAAGCGGAUUCCAUUUAUGAUCAGGUGAAGUUCGAUGGAGCUCUCGGCCUUACAUUUUCUACUCACAAUGGAGGGAAAGGAGAACCUUUCAUUACUAACGCAAUAAACAAAGGAGCUUUUCGCAAGCCCAUGUUUUCUGUGUGGUUAGAUCCUAAAAAUGUUCACUCUGGAGAACGUGGUGGAGCUAUCACCUAUGGAGCUAUGGACGACUACAACUGUGGUCCUGUUUUCAACUACGAAAGUAUAUCUUCCGAAUCGUUUUAUCAGUUCAAGAUUGAUGGUGUGUCCCUUGGAAAAUUCAAGCACGAAGGGAGAGAAGACGUUUUACUGCAUUUCGGCAACUCAAUAGCAGGCCCAUCUGAUAUUGUUGAGCAGAUUGCUGAAGCUGCAGGAGCCGUGCCUCUUUUUGGUAUCGACUUCUUCUUUCUUCCCUGCGACAUCCCUAUCCCCAACCUUGAAAUUAAGUCUGGAUCUACUGUUUACGUUAUUGAAAGCAAAAAGCUUAUAGUACAGAUUGACAAAGACGUCUGCAUACUUGCUCUAGUGGGUGCUGAUGAUGGUCCAGUCUUCGGAACAACUUGGUGGGUCGGAGCACCCUUGAUGCGUCAGUACUGCACUGUCUUCGAUAUUGGAGAGAAGAAAAUCGGUUUCGCUGAACAAAUUCCUGAAGGGAGCAAGUCUUCAACAACUAAGUUUGUGGUGCAAACAACAACUGCUGGAAGCAGCGGCGGCAACAACGGCAACAGCGGCAGCGGCCUCGUAAAUUUUGCAAAUGUGAGAGAUUCGAAGAAAAUCUGGAGUUGUCAGCUGCGUGCUGACUGGCAAACAUGCUUUCCGUGGUUGAGGAUGAUUCGUAACGUGUUUCUUCUCCUCACUUCCUCUGCAGCUUGCUUUGCCUUCCAAACUCCGCUUAUUUGGAAGGAAUCGAAGAAGAUUGAAAUGAUAAGGAAUGGAAAGUACUCAGAUUACUCAAAGAACAUGAUAAAUUUACUGAGAAGUACGCAAACUCCUGAUCUUCCGGACAUAAAAGUAUACGAAUUCGAUUAUGAAUAUGGACAAAACAUAACGAUAGGAAGACCAGGACAACCAUUUUUUGUUUGGGUAACUACGUUCUCAUCGAUGUUAUGGGUGCCACACAACGACUGCAAUACAGGAUUGUGCAUAGGAAAACGGAAAUUUACGCCUGCUAAGUCUAAAACGUUCGUUCCCGUCAAAGAACAAUGGGAAGCUCCAGGUUAUGGGGGAAGAGCGAAAGGAGAACGCCUUGGCACUGAUGAAGUGCAACUCGGAGGUGAAGACGAAGAUCAGCUUCUUAUACGUAGGACUGCGUUUGGCCUCGCAACACAAGUGGAUUCCGUUUUUAAGGAGACACCUUUCGAUGGAGCUCUCGGCCUCGCAUUCUCAGUUUACGAUGAAGAGAAAGGAGAACCUUUCAUCACUAACGCAAUAAACAAAGAGGCUCUUCGUGAACCCUUAUUUUCCGUGUGGUUGGCAUCUCGAAAGGUUGGCAACGGAGAACCGGGUGGAGCAAUUACCUACGGUGCUCUUGACAACUACAACUGCGAUCCUGUAUUCCAAUACGAGAACAUAUCCUCUGAUGUUUUUUAUCAGUUCAAAAUAGAUGGUGUUUCCCUGAGAGAAUUUAAGCGAGAAAGGAGCGAAGAAGCCAUGUUGCACUUCAGCAACUCUAUAAGAGGUCCCACCGCUAUUAUCGAAGAGCUGGCUAAAACCGCAGGAGCGUUGCCAAUUGGUGAGAACGGAUUCUAUUAUAUCGAUUGCGAAAACAAUUUUCCACCCCUUCAAAUAACAGUUGGACCUACCGUGUACUCCAUCGAAAACGACAAGCUUAGAAUAAAGGUCGAAGAUGGAUACUGCCUACUUGCUUUAUCACCGGCAGACGAAGGUCCAACUUUUGGAAGUUCUGCUUGGUAUUUCGGGAUACCUUUGAUGCGUCAGUAUUGCACUGUCUUUGAUGUUGAAAAGAGACGAAUUGGCUUUGCUAAACCGAUUCCCGACGAGACAAAGUCGUCAACGACUGCACGGCGAAGUACUAUUAGAAGUACUAAAAGUUACACAGGGGUCGUGCCACAAAUGACUACACCAAGUACACCAACAACGAGCGGCGGUCGCGGUUCCCAAAGCAUAGGUCAAAGCAGGAAGUACGGUGGUGUUGAAGAGGUGAGCACGGAGACGGGUGUUCCUGGUCUUCUUCACUACAUCCUCGAUGCUUUUGUACGCUCCCCAAGCCGCUCGGGGGUCAGAUCGUUCAUCAUGUUCAAGUUCCCGACCCAGAUAAACGUAGCUGGUGCAUUCGGAUAUGUUCGUUCCGUUGAGCGUGAAUGGGGCAUCCGAGACUCAUCCGUUUCGCAUAAACAUCGUCUUUUGCAGAUUCAGCUGAAGACCGAUGCAUCCACAUGUUUCGUCGAAUUCGGUCAGCAUUCGUUCCGCUUGGCUGAUGCUAGGUGUUAUCACUACGAUGUCAUCAGCAAAGCGCAAAUGGUGUAG